UUCUCUCCAUCUUUCUCUGAGAACUGAAAUUCCACCUACUACAGAAUCAUCUUCAACAAGAAGGCGAAUUUUGUAGAUUGAAUAUUGUUUUUUGCCCCCUCUUGGAAUCUGAUUUUGGGAUAUAAAUGGCUGGUGAGGAUGAUUUCACCUUUUGUCCGGUUCCCCCGCCAGUAGACGAUACUCAGAAAGUUGCCGAUGAUGUAAGCGGGAUUCGUAUAGAUGAUGUAAAUGAAAAUGCUACCGAUAAGAUUAGUAACAAGAAAAAUGGUAGUAAUAUGUUUAAAAUUAGUGGUACCUCUCAGAAGCAAGAAACAGUUGGCUCUUUGUCUUUUACUGUUACUGAUGCAUCGUCUAGCGGAGGAAUCGAUCAACAGCCCAAAAAAACAGCGGAAGUGGGUCCCGCAAGUUCAGCUAAGCCUUCAACGCCUGUAAAGAAGUCUACGGCUCGUGCGAAGGUUCCUUUUGAGAAGGGGUAUAGUCAGGUGGACUGGCUUAAGCUUACAAGAACGCACCCUGAUUUGGCAGGAUUGAAGGGACACUCGAAUAAGAGACUUAUAUCAUUGAACGAAGUGAAACAAAAUCAGUCUGAAGACUCCAUGUGGACUGUUCUAAAAGGCCGUGUCUAUAAUAUUGCCCCAUAUAUGAAGUUUCAUCCUGGAGGUGUCGAUAUGCUAAUGAAGGCAGUUGGAAAAGAUUGCACGUCUUUAUUCAAUAAAUACCAUGCUUGGGUUAAUGCAGAAUUCAUGUUGGAGAAAUGUCUCGUCGGCGUUUUAGACGUGGGCAAAUGAAGACAUUCGCUUCAUAGAAAAAAAAUGCAAUUCUUUGCAACAAUUUUAUUCCCCUGAUAUGGUUGUAGAAGCCAGAGGCAAGAGAUUCUGCUUAGUAUAUAUGUUCUUACAUAUUUGAAAGAGGGGAGACUGAUAUAAAGACAGUAUUUUUAUCUAUUGAUCAGUUUGUCUAUGUUGAGCUUCGUAUUAGCCAAUGUGUCUUUACAAUUCUUGGCAUUAAUCAUAUUCGAUUCUUGGCAUGAAUCAUAUUCGAUUUAUGUAU